CCACCGGAACCCAGAGAACCAACGAACCCUUGACAUUGAUCUGCUACCUCGAAUCACUGUAGCUUUAAAUAUUACUCGCCAACCGCAACAGCAUUCAGAAUGGGAAACUUCCUAUCGUCGUCGACUCCGCUGCCGGGAUCACCAGAUCCAGCGUCGAAGAGCAAACUCCAGAUCUUGUUGAGAGCGAAUCACCGCCAAAACUCCGUUCUUGUCGAUGACAACGGCCAUAACUACCUACCGCACCACCUUGGAUCGGUUUACCUCCUCGGCGCUCCUCCAGCAAGGCUCUUCCAAGUAUAUGAUGUAGCUAUCACAAACACGCAAGAAUGGAAGGAUCCAGGUCUGCAAUCUGUGGAGAUUUCUCCUGACUGGUGGAAGGACAACAUUGGAGACAAAGUGUCUGCAUACCAGUACUUCCAUUUCUUUGGAGACGAGGUUGUGCAUUGUGAUUACGACUGGAAGGCGGUAGUGAAAGACUAUUUAUUAAAGGAUAAUUGUUUCCUGUUGAAGUCUUUGAUUGAAGGAGAAUGUCAUCCCCUAAUCCAUCUAGGGUAUGCUUUCGAACUCGACUCCUUCGAGGUUGCGGUGGAGGCCCUCACCCUGGCCGCUGUCUGCGUAAACUUCAUCCAGCCAGUGUUCUCCGUUGAAAUGGAGCGAUAUCAAGAACCAGAAGAGGCAUACCUACCAGCCAUGGACGUUCUGAAAGCAAUUGGUCAGGAUCAGAGGUUUAAUGGACUGUUUGAGAAACCUGACCAGGAGAAUUUGAAGUUGCUGCUGGAGGAGUUCCUUGAGCUCAUGCUGGAGCACUAUCGAGACUGGGAUUGGACGAAGACUUCUCUGGAAGGACUCUUCGACAUUGCAGUUCAUUUGUAUGCCGGCACGCACUCCAGCACAGACUUUGCUCCCAAGUUCAACCUUUCCAUGCUCCAGAUGGUUACUGCAGCCCACGCAACACGCAUCUGCUCCACAAUGCUCCCAUCAAACACCCUCCCCCUCUUAAUCCGCGAACUAUUCUUCGCAAUGUGUCUCCAUUACAUCACUCAGCUUCGUCCUGCUUUCCAUGACGAUGUCUUUGAGAAAUACGAUACAGAAGGGAGGGGGUGGGAGGAGGUGUAUAAGUCUGCAGUUAAUGGAGAGGGAAGCAAGGAUGCGCAUUUUGUGCAGGUGGUAAGGGCAUUGAGGGAUGCUGAGCAGGUUUAUGGCGCGAAGGGUGGGUUUUAUCUGAAGGCGGCGUUGAUGACUGUGGAUCAUGCGAAUAAGGAGAAUUCGUGUACGGUUUAGCAAUUGUGAUCAGAGUUGCAGUGACCGUCGCUGGGUGCGCGGAGGUUGCCUCUGGUGGGAAACACGACCGCGAUCUGUUAACCAACAUGGAAUCGACGUGGGAGAUUUGUAUUGAUGAUGCGCAAGACUGGGUCCGUUUCACUGUGCGCUUGGAGACUCGUGGGAAAAUAUGAUUCAUCACACUCAAGAUGC